UACAUACUCACCAAGUCACACACACUUGGCUAACAUUUACCUGCCUCCGUACCAUGCUGCAAAUUCAUUAGCAAGCACAGGGGAAGAGAAUAAAACCUAAGCAAGAAAAACCUACCCUUCACUGGGAUAGAAGCUUAGGAACUAGGACAAGAGUGUCUCAAUAGAAAUUUCUGCAUGAAACAGAGAUCCAGAGUACACAUUUUCUCUUUUCUGUAGCAGAUACGUGGCUAAAUAGAGAUGGACUGGAGCAGCUGCACUUCCAUUGGUUUAGUCAUUAUCCUGGCUUUUCUCUCCAUUUUGAAAGUGGGAGGUUUCUGGAAUAACCACCAGAGGAAGAAUUUUCCCCCAGGGCCAAGACCAUUGCCUAUCAUUGGAAAUCUGCUUUUGUUUGAUUUGAAGAGACCCUACAGGACUUAUCUACAGCUGUCAAAAAUAUAUGGUCCAGUCUUCAGUGUUCAGAUGGGGCUAAGGAAAAUAGUAGUGAUUUCUGGGUAUGAGAUGGUGAAGGAAGCUCUUGUGAACCAGGCAGAUGCAUUUGCAGAGAGACCUAAAAUCCCAAUCUUUGAAGAUCUGACUAAAGGAAAUGGGGUUGUUUUUGCUCAUGGUGAAAACUGGAAGGUGAUGCGAAGAUUUACUCUCACAACCUUAAGAGACUUUGGAAUGGGAAAGAGGGCCAUUGAGGACCGCAUCGUGGAGGAGUACGGGUAUCUGGCAGACACCAUUGGGUCUCAAGAAGGAAAGCCCUUUGAUGCUAGCAAAAUAAUUAAUGCAGCAGUUGCUAACAUAAUUGUGUCAAUAUUACUUGGAAAACGAUUUGACUACAAAGAUUUCAGAUUUGUAAGACUUCUACAGUUGACCAAUGAAAGUAUGAGGCUUGCUGGGAAACCUUUGGUUAUGAUGUACAACAUGUUCCCUCACCUGGGAUUCCUCCUAAGGGCUAACAAGACUCUUCUCCAAAACAGAGAUGAAUUCCAUGAUUAUGUAAAAGUUACUUUUGUAGAACAUCUCAAAACCCUGGACAAAAAUGAUCAAAGAAGUUUUAUUGAUGCUUUCCUGGUUAAACAGCAGGAGGAGAAAUCCUCUACCAAUGGGCAUUUCCAUAAUGGCAACUUGCUAAGCUUGGUGAGCAAUUUGUUUACUGCUGGUGUUGAGACAAUUUCCACCACACUAAACUGGAGCUUUCUGCUGAUGCUAAAGUACCCUGAAAUUCAGAGAAAGGUCCAAGAAGAGAUAGAGCAAGUGAUAGGGUCAAACCCCCCACGGAUUGAGCAUCGAACCCAGAUGCCAUACACAGAUGCUGUCAUCCAUGAAAUUCAGAGGUUUGCUAAUAUCCUGCCAUUGGAUUUGCCUCAUGAGACUGCUGCAGAUGUCACUCUCAAAGGCUAUUUUAUUCCCAAGGGAACCUACAUCAUCCCCUUACUGACCUCUGUCCUGAAAGACAAAUCCCAGUGGGAGAAACCAGACAUGUUCUAUCCUGAGCACUUUCUUGAUGCCAAUGGAAAAUUUGUGAAGAAAGAUGCUUUCAUGCCUUUUUCAGCAGGGCGGAGGAUCUGUGCUGGAGAGACUCUUGCCAAAAUGGAACUCUUCCUCUUUUUCACCAGCCUCCUGCAGAGGUUCACUUUCCACCCUCCCCCUGGAGUUUCUAUCUCAGACCUGGAUCUCAGCCCUGCUAUUUCAUUUAAUGUCAUCCCCAAACCCUAUAAAAUGUGUGCUGUACCACGUUCCUAGAGCUCUCAUCCGCAUCAGUUUGUUUUAAAAAUGUUUAAAUUACAUUUUCAUUAUAUCUGUCUUCUAAUUCUUUGGCCAAAAUCAUUCACAAUAUUACAUCUUAGUGAAGGUUUCCAGUACUUCUAAAACGAAGUGGUGUUAUUUUAUUUUUUAUUUACUGAGGAAAGGCAGAAGUGGACGAGAAGUGUGGACUAACUGAUGACUUAAGGAUCAAACUAUUAGAUCACCUAAUCAGAGCUGCUGUAUUGGAAGAUGUAACACUUCAGAUCCUCACAGCCUCUACUGCUAUUUAGUCCAGGACUCUUAUGAGAAAACCUAACGUAAUUUUCAGGACCUUUCCACUUCAAUCUUAUGCAUAUCUGUCUUCUGAGCUAUGUUUGCACUUGGAGAAGAUUGUAUUUUUCACCAGUUAGAUGAUUGAUAUCUGUGAAAAUUACAAUUUAAUCAACGUUAGCAGGAAUAUAUUUUUCCCUUCUCUACUACUGAAUAUUAAAUGCUAAAAACAAUUAUGAAAAUACAGGGGGUUUCCACUGAAGGCAAGGUUUGAAAAAGGGAAUCACUGUGGAAAACGUAUUAGAAGUUGGUGAUCACAUUUCAUUUUCUGAAGCUGUUUUUUCUUGUAUCAUCAAAGUACUCAAAACAAACCAGAUGUUUGCAUUUCUUGUUCCUAUUAACCUUUAAACAAAACAUAUUUCUCUCAGUAAUAUAAGCAAUUCAGUGUAACAAUGUCUUGCAUUUAUCUUAUUAAAGAUUCUGAACCCAUAGAAAAAAUGUGAUCAUUGAAAGCAUGAUCACAGUGCAUGAAAGGAGGCGAUACAGUUGGACUCUGUUUUCCUGAGACAGUUUCUGUGUGUACAAAACAGCUUAUCUUAUCUAACCAUCUUUGUACAUAUUGAUUCAUGUGACCUCUAUUAACCUACUGUUGGAAGCUUUCCCAUGUAUUUAUCUUCAAAGAGAGAACCAUAUCAAAAUGGAUUUUUAAAUACUUUUCCAGCUCUAACAUUUCAAUUAAAAAAUCCCAAAGCCCUGUUGAAA